ACGUGACAACGUGCGAGUUGAAAGUUCAAAGACAUUUGCGCUUCUCUCGCCAGUUCCGCUCUCUGUUUUCACAACAGAGACUCUUUUUUUUAUUUUACAAAACGGCGUGAAAUUAUUUAAAAUAGGUACUCAACAGCCCACCGGAGAUCAUAUCCAAGCGCUGCAGAGAAUGCUGGCUACAGGAGCAGCUGUAACCACGGCGCUGGCGCAAGUGGAUAGGGAAAAGAUCUAUCAGUGGAUAAACGAACUGUCCAGCCCAGAGACCCGCGAGAAUGCCCUGCUCGAACUCAGUAAAAAGCGAGAAUCUGUCCCGGAUUUGGCACCCAUGCUGUGGCACUCUUGUGGGACCAUAGCUGCACUCCUGCAGGAGAUUGUGAAUAUCUAUCCCUCCAUCAACCCCCCCACGCUGACAGCGCACCAGUCCAACCGGGUGUGUAAUGCCCUCGCCCUUCUGCAGUGUGUAGCCUCUCAUCCAGAAACAAGAUCAGCGUUCCUCACGGCGCACAUCCCUCUUUUCCUGUAUCCGUUUUUACACACUGUGAGCAAAACGCGGCCCUUUGAAUACCUCCGACUAACCAGUCUAGGAGUCAUAGGCGCAUUGGUAAAAACAGAUGAACAGGAGGUGAUCAACUUCCUGUUGACGACAGAGAUCAUUCCACUGUGUCUACGGAUUAUGGAGUCAGGCAGUGAGCUGUCCAAAACGGUUGCAACUUUCAUACUACAGAAAAUACUCCUGGAUGACACGGGACUUGCAUAUAUUUGUCAAACUUAUGAACGCUUCUCCCAUGUUGCCAUGAUACUUGGCAAGAUGGUUCUUCAGCUCUCGAAAGAGCCCUCUGCUCGUUUACUGAAGCAUGUCGUACGUUGUUAUCUACGCCUUUCUGACAACUCCAGAGCCAGAGAGGCCCUUCGCCAGUGUCUUCCAGACCAGCUCAAAGACACCACUUUUGCCCAGGUUCUGAAAGACGACACCACCACCAAGCGCUGGCUGGCACAGCUGGUCAAAAACUUGCAGGAGGGACAGGUCACAGACCCAAGGGGCAUCCCCUUACCACCACAGUAGCUCCUCACAUGCCCCAAACAUCACCAGCAAGGCUCCAGCAGCCUGAGAGAAGCCGCCCGUUUGAAAUACGGACACAAAUAAGGGCACUUGUAUUUUGUUUUUGUACAGACUUUAAGUAAUGGGAAAAGGAACCUUGAGCCUUGUUGUUCUAUGGCCAAUCUACCCAAUCUCCAAGUGUGUGGAUGCUCUCUUUGUAUCAAGAAGUUUUCUUUUUGUUGACUGUCCAAUAAAAUGUUGAAGCUCG